AUGGCCCAGCUGCUAGGUGGCUUCCCCUCCCAUGGUGAGGAAGGCCACCAAGAUCUGCCUUGGUCCGAUCAAGCUUCCAAUGCAUACAGUGACAACAUUGGAAGUAGUCUUGCUGUCCAACCUGCAUAUGAGGGCUACUAUUUGAGCAACUCCAAUGAAGCCCUCGGGAUCAGCUCCUGCAUUGCACCUGAUGACCUGGGCUCGGUCCAGGAGUACGGUGCAACUGAGUUUGUCAACAUGUUCUCAAACCAUUCCCCUAAUUUUUAUGGGAAUGGUGACCGGAGCUGCGAGGAUCUGGAUGUUCCAAACAUGAGUAUGCUCGACUCAGUAAGUGCUACCAACAAGAGAAAGCACUUGGCUGAAGAACUCGAUGGCCAAACAAGAGGCCGGAAAUGCGCACGGAAAGUUCAAACUAAGCGAACGAAGAGGGCCAAACAGAGUAGAGAUGAGGAUGCAAGUAGGAGCCCAACAAGCUGCUGCACUUCUGACAGUGACUCCAAUGCCUCUCUGGAGUCUUUAGAUGCUGAUGCUCUUCCGAAAGGCAAGGCUCGGGCAGGCCGCGGUGCGACAACUGAACCCCAGAGCAUCUAUGCAAGGAAAAGGAGGGAAAGGAUCAACGAGAGGCUGAAGAUUCUGCAGAACCUGGUGCCCAACGGGACCAAAGUAGAUAUCAGCACCAUGCUUGAGGAGGCAGUCCACUAUGUGAAGUUCCUGCAGCUUCAGAUCAGGCUCCUGAGCUCGGACGACAUGUGGAUGUAUGCCCCGAUCGCGUACAACGGGAUGAACAUCGGGAUCGAUCUGAGCAUGGACAGAUGA